AUGAACAACAACACGGCUACUCGUUCAACCACCUCGGUAGCUUGCUAGCCAACAUAAAACCGAAAGAUUGACGCUUUAGACAUUAUUAAUGUACAUUAGCUAAUUUCAGUGUUGUUAACGCAGUUCAUUUGACGUAAUCAACUGAUUAACUUUAACCUAUUUUGCUUGUUCAAUUUGCAAAGUUGUUAAACAUUGAUACUGAGCCUAGCCGCUAAUGCUACCUAGCACUAGGCUAGUCGCUAAUUCUAACAUCCCGGACCAUGAGCUCACUAAACUACUCCUCCCCUGCUAAAGAAGAGGUCUGCUGUAUGCAGAAUGAAGCUUUGGGGCUGAACAUUGUCGUGAAAGAAGAAGAUGAUGUUAUUGAGGAAACAGAGGAAGAACCUUUUAGAGAGGAAGAGGAUGCUAUCGCAGAAGAGGUGAAGAAGGAAGACGUUUUGAGUGUGAAAGAGGAGGAGACAGCAUAUCUGAUCAACACCAGAGAGAGACAUGACUAUUAUGGAUCCUCUGGGGAGCCUCAACAACAUCCUGAUGCUGACGAGGAAGAGAAGAGUCUCUCCAGAUCAGAACACCAGAUGGACAACGCUAGCCCUUCCUCUCUCCCGGAGUCCCCAUGUCGUGUCUCUCCCGGUAGUAACUUACUGCUGGGUAUGAAGAGGUUGUUUGUGCUGCUGGUGGACUGCAGGAAAACAACGGGGCUGAGUGGAACUGUGAGAGGUGGAGAAGAGAAGAAAGCAUCAGAUUUGACUGAUCUAAGAGAAAGACCAGACUCAGAGGAACCAGAGCCAGGGACGUCCAAACCAGCAAGAAGACACCAGUGUUCCCAGUGUGGAAAGCGUUUUAAUGAUUUGGGGAAGCUGGAACGACACGAGAGAAUACACAGAGGGGAGAAGCCGUACCACUGCUCCCAGUGUGGAAAGGGGUGUAACGAUUUGGGGAAGCUGAAACUACAUGAGAGAAUACACACAGGGGAGAAGCCUUACCACUGUUCCCAGUGUGGAAAGAGUUUUAGCCAGGCAGGUAACAUGAAAAUACACGAGAGAAUACACACAGGGGAGAAACCUUACCGCUGCUCUCAGUGUGGCAAGUGUUUUAUCCUGUUAGGGGCCCUGAAGCAACAUGAGAUAAUACACACUGGGGAGAAGCCUUACCACUGCUCCAAGUGUGGGAAGAGUUUUAAUCGGUUACACGCCCUCAAAUAUCAUGAGCGUAUACACACAGGGCAGAAACCUUACCACUGCUCCCAGUGUGGAAAGACUUUUAACCAUUUAGGGGAAUUCAAAAAUCAUGAGAGAAUACACACAGGAGAGAGACCUUACCACUGCUCUCAGUGUGGCAAGAGUUUUAACCUAAUAAGGUCCCUGAAACAUCACGAGAGAAUACACACAGGGGAGAAGCCUUACCACUGCUCCCAGUGUGGGAAGAGUUUUAACCAGUUAGGGAGCCUGAAAAGACACGAGAGAAUACACACAGGGGAGAAGCCUUACCACUGCUCCCAGUGUGGAAAGUGCUUCAACCAGUCAGGGGAUCUGAAAAAACAUGAGAGGAAACACACAGGGGUGUUGCCAGUGUGAAAAAAGUUUUAAACAGAAAAGUUUAUUGGGAAAAAAAUGAGAGAAUACACGCAGGGUAGAAGUUUUACAAAUGCUUAGACUGUGGGAAGACAUAUUUCUCAUCACAGUCACUUAAAAGUCACGUGAGAAUCCACACAGGAGAGAAUAAUUACUUCUCCCAGUGUGAAUAUUGAUAUUUAACAUCACAUUGACUUAAUUAUUCUGGUGUGUAAAUUUAUAUUUUACAUCACAUUGACUUAAAAUUCAUCAGAGAACAUACACAGUGCUCCAAUUGUCUUAUAUUGUUGAUUGAGAAUGUGUUUACCUGUUUUUAACGUAUGAAAUUGAAUUGUACAAAGUAUACUUAAACAUAUAGUUGUAUGUUUUUAUUGGAAAAUAUGAAUUGAAUAUGGAGUAUAUAGAGUAAAUCAGAUUCCAUGUGUUUAAAUGGUCCUUUUUUAAACUCUAUGUGUGUUUAUCUGGCUGUGUCAUUCCUCCAGCACUACAGAUAAUCAAGUGAUAUUUGGAUGUGAUGCAUUUGCUCCAUUGUUUACAUUUUCAUUGUGGCCCACUGAUGAUUUAAUGACAUUAAAAUGUUCACAGACUCUGUCAUGCAAAAUGUUAAUUGUAUGUGUCCACAUAUCUGAGUAUGUGACUAACCUCGUGAAACUGACCUAUUAUAAUCUCCUGUUCCUGGGAGUAUCGUCCUGCGUUGCAAACCAGCUGCAUCUCCGUCUUUUGUAUGAAAAAAGUCCCUCCCAGGAACAGGAAACUAUAAAGAUAUGUGCCCAUCACCCAAUGCUUCAGGAAUUCAGACUGUCUACACUGCGCUGUGUAACUCUGUUAUUCUCUCUGAGCUCAGAAAUAAAGAAUCUUGGUUUGA